CAAAUUUUUUCGCCACAGCGCACGCUGCCACCAGCAUCAAGGACAGCGCCAAAGGUCCAGUCAGACCUGCUGCUCUCCAUCUGCCCUUCCGUGUCGAUACCGCCGAUCCAAGCACCUCCGUCGGGACUUGAGCACAAUGAACAACCUCCUGCAAGCCGUUCGCCAGUUCAAGGCCAGCAAGGCCUUUGCCAGUCUCCGCGAGACUCAUGCCAACCUCAUGGGAUACCGCAAGUCGGGUCUUGUGUUCGACGAUCUUAUUCCCGACGAAGGCCCCAUCGUCUCUGAGGCCCUGAAGCGCCUGACUCCUCAGGAGUUCAACGAGCGCACCUUCCGUUUCCGCCGCGCUCUCAACAUUUCGCUCCACCAGACCGUUCUCCCCGUUGCCGAGCAGACCAAGCCCUCUGAGGACGUCCCGUACCUGCGCCCCAUCAUCGCCGAAGUUGAAGCCGAAGUCGCCUGCAAACAGACUUUUGAUCUUUUGACCGGCAUCCCCGAGAACCUCCGCUCGCGCAACAAGAGCACCUAACGAUGUCUAGCAUCCGCGACCCUGUUUCAUUGGGACGUCAGCGAG